GCGGAGCCGCGGAGGAGGCGGUGCUCUGCUGCUUUGCCUCGCUUCGCUUCGCGGGAGGGAAAGCCGGCCACCUUCCCGCUGCCGCUGCCGGCGUCGGCGUCGCCGUCGGUCGCGUCUCCGCCGCCCGCAGCAGCAGGCACCGCCGCCCCCUCGCUCCUCCUCUCCGGCGAGCUCGGCGACUCCCUCGCCGCGGAAUCAGACGCUCCUCCCGCCUCCGCACGUCCGCAGGUGCAGCUACUACCUCAUCAUUGGCCGUGAUGUCGCAAUUGCAGAAGUGCUUGUGCGCCAACCGCAACUGCUUCCAUGAAGAUUGCGCUUGUUUCACAAGGGAAGGGGUCUGCUCCGAGUACUGCGAGUGCCAUGGCGACUGCAAGAACAUCUGGAAACACGAGGAGGAAGUCACAGAGGAAUUCGCUGAAUACACCAAGAGGAAAGCUGAUGAAGCUGCCGCCCAAGCUGCUGCUGCCCAAGCUGCCGCUGCCCAACCUGCUGCUGACCAAGCUGCCGCUGCCCAAGCUGCUGCUGCCCAAGCUGCCGCUGCCCAACCUGCUGCUGACCAAGCUGCCGCUGCCCAAGCUGCUGCUGCCCAAGCUGCCGCUGCCCAACCUGCUGCUGACCAAGCUGCCGCUGCCCAAGCUGCUGCUGCCCAAGCUGCCGCUGCCCAAGCUGCCGCUCAACCUCAACCUAAGCCAUUGCCAGCACAAGAACCAGAGUCGAAGGGUGAAGCCAGGAAUAACUCCCCAUCGGCAGUCAAAAUGAAUUGGUGCAGCUGCAGGACGAGCGGAUGUCGCAUCCACCGCUGCCCUUGCUUCAUGCACAACGCCUGGUGCUCCUCAAAAUGCAACUGCGCGGCCACAGUGUGUGUUAAUCGCAGUGGGGCCAAAGGGGCUCUUGCUGAGAAGCUGCAGCACCGCGGGAUUAAAAGAGAGGUUCUUGCUUCAGGUUCUGUAACGAGCACGGCGACUGCAGGAGCGGUGCUGGCCAAUGAGGGUGGUAAGGGGUGCACGUGCUUGUUAAGCAAAUGCACAAACAAGAAGUGUGGUUGCCUGAAUCGCGGGGCUAGGUGCACCUUAAAAUGCAGUUGCCAAGGGUGCGAAAAUGGAAAAGGGACCGGAGGGGCUGAUAAAUCCAAUGCUGGAGCAGGAGGUACGGGUGGCACAGGUGACACCAGAGGCUCAGGUCCCAACAAGCAAAUAAGAAUCGCGUGAUGACAGUAGGCUUGAGACAUACCAGAGCAUGAUGCAACAAGUCACCUUACUUACUUACCAUCUCCUUGUAAUGAUUACUCGAAGCAAGCACGGCGAGAACUCCAUGAUCUGCGAUGUCGUUAGCCUCAGCCUCAGGGGGCUCUUGAUCAGAUAUACUGAUGGAUACUUGAUACUCCCUCUGUAACAUUUUACAAGACGUUUUGAGUCAGUCCAUGGCAGUGUCAAAAAACGUCUUAUAUCAUGUCACCGAGGGAGUACAUAUAUACUCCUGUAAGAAUAGUUGCCCUCCCUCAUCGGUUGCCGUCCAUACUCGUUCUUAUGCAUACAAUACAUACUUGCUGCAAAUGAUUUCUCUCUUAUAAACUUUAGGGUUAAUUCUGGUGGUGUUUGAAAAUUGAAACCCAAACUAGUGCUAGUAUGCAUGGACAAAGAGGCCCUGGUGGCAUUAUUUC